GGGGCCAAGCCGUGCCUGGGGGCCGUGGCCCAGAGGAGGAGGGGCACCCCCAAGCUGGAGCUGCCCGAGGAGCAGCAGCGAGAAAUCCGCGACGCCUUCGAGCUCUUCCACACCGACGGCAGCGGCAGCAUCGACCUCAGGGAGCUCAAGGUGGCCAUGAGGGCUCUGGGGUUUGAACCUAAGAAAGAAGAGAUCAAGAAAAUGAUCUCAGACAUUGAUAAGGAAGGGACAGGAAAAAUCAGCUUCAGUGACUUCCUGGCAGUGAUGUCCCAGAAAAUGGCUGAAAAAGAUUCCAAAGAGGAGAUUCUCAAAGCUUUCAAACUCUUUGAUGAUGAUGAAACUGGAAAAAUCUCCUUUAAAAACCUCAAACGUGUGGCCAAAGAGCUGGGGGAGAACCUCACAGAUGAAGAGCUGCAGGAGAUGAUUGACGAGGCAGAUCGGGAUGGGGAUGGGGAAGUGAGCGAGCAGGAGUUCCUGAGGAUCAUGAAGAAGACCAGCCUCUACUGAAACCCAGUGGGGUUUAUUCCCUGGCACUUCCCUCACUUUUGUUGUGUCUUGAUUUCUCUCUAGGCAGCAGAAAAUACAGGUCAGUUCCAGGAGAUUUUUUUUUUUUGCGUAGAAUGGUUUUGUUCAGAAGGUUUAAAGGUGUUUGGGAGCAGUUUGCAGCACAGGCAGCAACGUGGUUGCUGGUUAUGGUGUUUACACUGCUUUAAAUCCACAAAUCACAUUUUUGGGACCAAAUUCAGAUCCUUUUCUGACUAAAAAAAAAAAAAA